AUGGCUGAUUCUCUAACUGAAGAGCAAGUCUCCGAAUUCAAGGAGGCCUUCUCCCUCUUUGACAAGAAUGGUGAUGGACAAAUUACUAGCAAGGAGCUGGGUACCGUCAUGCGAUCCCUUGGACAAAACCCUUCCGAGUCUGAGUUGCAAGACAUGAUCAAUGAGGUCGAUGCCGAUAACAACGGUACCAUUGAUUUCCCAGAAUUCCUCACUAUGAUGGCAAGAAAGAUGAAAGAUACCGACUCUGAGGAGGAGAUUCGUGAAGCAUUCAAGGUUUUCGAUCGUGACAACAAUGGUUUUAUCUCUGCUGCUGAACUUCGUCAUGUCAUGACCUCCAUUGGAGAGAAGUUGACAGAUGAUGAGGUCGAUGAGAUGAUCAGAGAGGCUGAUCAAGACGGUGAUGGAAGAAUCGAUUACAACGAAUUCGUCCAGUUGAUGAUGCAAAAGUGA